AUGGCGAUCACCCAAGAAGGCAUGGACUCCGCCGCGCGAGCGAUCUUUCUCCCUAUCAUCCUGGUCUUGGACGCGUGGGUGUUCCAGUACCUGUUAUCAGUGUACUACGCCAAAACACGGGAGAUUCGAGUGUGCAUGCUGCUACUGGCUUCCUUCCUCUGCUUCGCCACGCAGCUCUACUUCCACGAAGACCUCAACAUGCUGCUGGCGAUGAACGACAUCUCCGAGACGAGUUUGCAGCUCACGUUCAUCAUCCAGAUCACUAUCAUUGGCCGCGCAGUCACCGUCAAGGUCAAACUCCGCUCUAUCCUCUGGUUCACGUACGUCGCGGAGGGGUUUAUCCUGGUCGGGUGGCUGAAUGUGCUUGUGUGCAUACUGGACGCGGCAGGAAUGAUCUCGGGUGAAGCCUUUCAUAUCUUCGGGAAUGUGCUGGAGUCCGUCUCGCUCGUGUUCUGA